CGUCAUAGCGACAAGGCCACUCCCACAAUGGCUGACGAUGGAAUGCUUAUGAACUUUGAGCUGGGAGGUGGUCCGCUCAAACCGCAAGUCAAGUUCACAGGUGGAAGCUGGAGAGAUCGGAAGCGGGCGCAGAAGAGCGCAAAGCUUGGCUCACGUCCGACAGUCGAGAGAGCAGGGCAGGACGAAGACCAGCGAUCGGCAAAGCGGCAGAGAGUGGACGGUCACGGACCCGGAAGAAACGCCGAAGGAGAUUCGGAACGCGGCGCAGACUUUGCACGAAAGAAGACGGCAGAACAUGGCCACGCCCCCGGACAGAAGAAAGGCCCCGGGUCAGGGUCCCGCCAGGUCGUCUCACGCCUGUUUUCCUUCAACCCGGAGCAGAAGACAACUUUCGAAGACGAGCCCGAGUGGAAGGAACCAGAGCCGACUAAUGCGCCACUGCUGACAGUGGCCAACUUUGGGUCGUUGACGAUAUCCUCUCGACUCGUGGACGCGCUUGCCAAGAUGAACCUCGAGCGCCCAACAGCGAUUCAACAGAAAGUGAUCCCACACAUGCUGUCAAGCAGCUCAGACGCCUUUGUACAGGCCGAGACGGGCUCAGGAAAGACAUUCGCCUACCUUCUUCCCAUACUGCAUCGAGUUCUCCAACUCAGCGGGAGCGGCGAUCGGCGGAUUCACCGAGACUCGGGUAUCUUCGCCAUUAUUGUUGCGCCGACUCGCGAGCUUGCCAAACAAACACAUACGGUGCUAGAGCAGUUGAUAAGACCGUUCCCAUGGCUGGUCUCCACGGCCAUUACCGGAGGAGAGUCCAAGAAGGCGGAGAAAGCCCGUUUGCGGAAGGGAGUCAACUUCUUGGUGGCAACGCCCGGACGAUUGGCCGAUCACAUUGAUAAUACCAAGGCUCUCAACUUGGGCACUGUCAGAUGGCUCAUUCUUGACGAAGGAGAUCGGCUGAUGGACCUGGGGUUCGAAGAGGAUUUGAAGAAAGCCAUCAAUGCUCUCAAGCAAGUGCAGCUUUCAAAGACUCUGUCUUCCGGCGUAUCUCUCGACCCACUUCCGGAUCGAAGAGUUACCGUCUUGUGUUCUGCCACGAUGAAGAUGAAUGUACAGAAGCUCGGCGAGAUGAGUCUUGCUGAUGCUACGUUCUUGGCUGCGGAAAAGGGCGAUGAGACCGCCGCCGAACAGAAGGAUGAACAGGCUGUUCACAAAGCUCCAGCGCAAUUGCACCAGUCGCAUAUCAUUGUGCCUGCGAAGCUGAGGCUGGUAACGCUCAUAGCGUAUCUGAAGUCUGUAUUUUCUCGCCGUGGGCAAACGAUGAAGGCCAUCAUUUUCAUGUCCUGUGCCGACACCGUCGACUUCCAUUACGAACUCCUCAAGAUCCCCGACAGCGGUGAUGUACCUCCACCAGCAUCCAAGGACGCAGAGAAUACGUCCAAGACUGUUGCAAAGGCGGCAUACAUCACCUCCCUGGCAAGCCCCGAGGUAGUGCUUCACAGAAUGCAUGGGUCUCUCUCACAGCCAGUCCGCACGGCGACGCUGCGAUCGUUCUCGGCUUGCAAGUCCCCUUCUCUUCUCAUUACCACAGACGUGUCGUCUCGUGGUCUGGAUAUUCCUUCAGUUGAUCUGGUCAUUGAAUAUGAUCCUGCUUUCAGCUUUGCCGAUCACAUCCAUCGAAUCGGACGAACAGCGCGAGCCGGACGCUCAGGUGAUGCAGUUAUCUUCCUCCUCCCCGGCACAGAAGAGGGCUAUAUCGAGCUCCUCAAGGCCUCCGGAACACCGUCACCGCUGUCAUACGAAUCGGUGCUACAAAAAGGCCUGAUGUCUAAGCUGGAGUUUCCAGUUGAGACCACGGCUAAGCCUGAGGAUGGGCAGAAUUAUCACCAGAAAGCUGAAACCUUACAACUUCACUUGGAGCAGCGGCUCCUCAUCGAUAGCAAACGACUCGAAAUGGCGAGGAACGGAUUCAAGUCCCACAUCAGAGCAUAUGCGACACAUACUCGGGAAGAGCGUGUUCACUUCGACAUUACUCAGUUACACUUGGGACAUGUCGCGAAAGCCUAUGGAUUACGUGACCCGCCAGGAGGUAUUGGCGCUGGUAUAGACCGCAAGGCACAGAAGGGCAGCAAAGACUCAGGAAAGAGGGCUGCGAAGGGGGCCAAGGCCGCGACUAAGAAGGAUGAUGAUGACAGCGAUGACAGCGAUAAGCAGGAGCCUACGAAGCCGGCGAGGGCUAUGCUCAUGCGUAAGAGUAGGAUGCUCAUGAGUGGUGCUAGCGAGUUUAACAUUGGAUAG